CUAUCACUGGCACGCCACCUUCGCAUCUUAGCACGGGUAGUGAAGCAUUUGACCUUUCAUACAUACUUCAUACAUACAUGUAUCAAAAGUCAUGAUUAUUACAUCUGGUAUUGCACCUAGCAUCCCCCAAGUUACGCUUAUAUAGUAUCAUAUAUUAUUAUAUAUUAUCACUCAAUUUAGGCAAUAUGACUUUCGCGAAACCUAUUAUAAAGCCUGUUGAGUCUUGCUGCACCUGCGCAACUCUCCUCUGCGACGUUCCACGAUAUAGCGACUCGGAAAAGCCUCUACCGAAGGAUCGCCUGUUAGAGUGUUGCCAAAGGGUAAUAUGUGGUAACUGUCGUAGUAAUAAUCCUCGCUUUAAUACCUAUUGUCCCUAUUGUCAAAUUUCGUUAAUAGACACGAAACUCCCGCCAGGUCUAAAAGACCCUCCUUCAUACGAAUCUUCGGUCGCAACCAGUUCAUCAAAAAACACAUUAGCUGCACCACCGCCGUAUACGCCGUCCGCAACGCAAAAAGUCCCAAACCAAUUAGACGCAAAGUCCGUCUCUUUUGAUUCUCUCGACAAGCCGGCAGAAGAUACCCUACACUUCUUAAAUCAUGAGCAUGAUACUAUUUCCUCUCUUUCCCUCCGAUACGGUGUCCCCGCAUCGGUUCUUAGGCGCGCCAAUAAUAUCACAAGUGAUCACCUAAUUCUAGGGCGACAGACUGUACUCAUACCUGGAGAGUACUAUAAGGGUGGCGUGAGCCUGUCGCCACGACCUAUCGAGGGCGAAGAAGAAGAGGCGCGAAAAUCUAAGAUCCGGCGAUGGAUGGUGACGUGUAAGGUCCAUGAAUACGACGUUGCCGUCCUUUACUUGGAGCAGGCCGGCUAUGAUCUCGAAAUGGCAACCGAAGCCUUCUUCGCCGAUGAAGAGUGGGAACGGACACAUCCAGUCGAGGCGGCGGGAAGAGGUAAAGGGAUUGCGAGGCCAGCCAAUAGGAGCUCGUAUUGGAGAGGGCGUAGAGGAUAGAGAAAUAAAGAUAAAUAUGGCUUGUGUUUGAAAUUUUGGCGCUUCUGGAUUAUAUAGGGAUAAGUUUUAAACACAAUUUCGUACCCUUGAGGAUACUACGAGAAAGUUCGUAGGUUUAAAUGGACAUACUAACCAUUCGAUUAAGUGUUCCGCU